AUGCUGGGGAAGAGGAUGGAGGCGGGGGCGCCCGCAGCGUGGGUUCGUUGUCUCUUUACCAGGUCGAGAAUUCCAGAGUCGGUAUUUCAGCCACGGCCUGGAGAUCAUGAAAAGUAUGGAGGUGACCCUGAGCAGCCCCACAAAAUCCACGUUGUUACUAGAAUUAAAAGUGUAAUUGGUCGCCCCUAUUGGGAAAAGAAGAUAAUACGUGAUCUUGGAUUGGAUAAAGCACAUCAGCCGACACUGCACAAAAAUAUCCCUUCUGUGAAUUCCAAACUGAAAGUUGUUAAACAUCUGAUAAGAAUACAGCCCCUGAAACUACCUUACGGGUUGCCAACAGAAGAGGAAAUGUCAGACACCUUUCUUACAAGCAAGGGAGAGCUCGUCAUUAAACGGCAUCUGAAACCUGUGGAGCAGAAAGCAAUUAAGUCAUAAGGUGUGCUGGUUGGAUUAUGUAAAAUAAAAUAGAUUAUUUAAAUCCUGGGUUAA